UUUGCUUCUGAAUGUCGCGGGCUAAUAGCUUGCGCACUUUAGCUUAGCAUUAUCGUUUUAGCCACGGAAUGGAUAAUUGAAUCUUAUCCAACCAACUAUCACAACUUAUCUUAUUAUAUCCACAUGCCCGAACUAGGAUAAUGUUAUUGAUUCAAUCAUGACCUCGCUGUCAUCGUCGUCAUUAUCUCAGUUGACGGGGUCAAGCUCUUCAUGCAGGACUCUUCCCGGGGAAGGGACUCAGGUCCACCCCAGAGCUCCUCUACUGCAGAUCCUGAGAGUAGCAGGUGCUCGGGAGGAGGUGUUUACUCUGAAGGAGGUCAUGCACUACCUGGGUCAGUACAUCAUGAUGAAGCAGCUGUAUGACAAACAGAGACAACACAUCGUCCACUGUCAAGAUGACCCACUCGGAGAGCUACUGGAAGUUGGGAGCUUUUCCGUUAAGAACCCCAGCCCUGUGUAUGAGAUGUUGAAGAGGAAUUUGUUUAUUUUGAAUAAUUCGGAUGCAGCAAAGAAUCUUUCUGUCGGCAAGGAUUCUAAUGAGUCUCCAAGUGAAGAUCCUGGUCAGGUGUCCAGUGGGUCGAUUAGCUCUGGACAGGCUCUCAUUGUUGGCAGUACCAGCACUGGCGCUACACAGAGCUGCUCACAGCGCAGGCCACGCGAUCCUGAUGAAGACUCCUCAGACGGCUUACCCAGGUCUGCUUGCAAACGGCCAAAGCUGGAUGUGACUCUGGAAGAGUGGGACCUUUCUGGGUUGCCCUGGUGGUUUCUGGGUAACCUGCGAAGUAAUUACACUCGCCGAAGCAAUGGCUCAACUGAUAUUCACACCAAUCAACUCUCUCCUGUACAGGAUGAGGACACGGCCAUCGUUUCUGACACCACAGAUGAUCUUUGGUUCCUAAAUGAGGCAGAAAGCGAGCAAGUGAGUGUGGACAUGAAGGAGGCGGUGCUUGAGCAGGGAAGUGAUGCAGAGUCUCCACAUGAAGAAGAGGAGACCAGGAAAGACAAUAAAGAUGACAGGAAGAUGCAAGAAGAACAGGAUGAUGACUCCCAGUGUUUAAGUGAUGACACUGAUACUGAAAUCUCCACACAGGAUGCAUGGCAGUGCUCAGAGUGCCGCAAAUUUAACACCCCUCUUCAACGGUACUGCAUGCGCUGCUGGGCUCUGCGGAAAGACUGGUACAAGGAUUGUCCUCGUCUCGUACACUCCAUCUCUGUUCCAGACAUCCCCGCCUGCAUUUCACGUCCUGAGAGGGAGGAAGACGAGGAGGAUGAUGGAAUCGACAUGCCUGACUGCCUUAGGACUGUGUCUGACCCUGUCGUCCUCCCCUCGCACCACGUCUCUAGAAACAUCCCCCCAUCAUCCGCUUCGUCGUCAAAAGGAAAGGGUCCUUCCCAGCUUCACCCCCACUUACAGGAGAGCUCAGAGGGUGACAGCCAGGACACGCUGGACAUGGAGACAGAAUGCCAACCCGAGGCCUUGCUAGAACCCUGCAAGCUGUGCCGAGUGCGGCCGCGAAACGGCAAUAUCAUCCAUGGCCGCACAGCUCACCUGAUCACCUGUUUUCCCUGUGCCCGCAAGCUGCACAAAUUUCAUGCUCCUUGCCCGGGCUGUGGCCAGGUUAUACAGAAGGUCAUCAAAACCUUCAUAGCAUGACCGAAACAUCUUCAAGCCGCACGCAUGUAUUAAACACACACUCGCUUGCUACUUAAAAAAAAAGUUUAUAUACACAAUAUAUACGCAAGGAGGCAGAGAAAUUGACAAACGGUUGCUGGGCUAAAAUGAAAAUAGUACAAUGUAUCUAUAAUAAUUUUAUUGUAAAGUACAAAUCGAGUAUAAAUAAUGUACAGAAUCUAACUUAAAGAAACUGGCCUCAUAUUGAUAGUUCGCCAUUGUUUUGUUACCGUAACUUGGCUAAAGACAGUUUGCUACUGCCUUAUUGGGAAGAUAUGCAUAAUUAAAAUCCUAACCUCUGUACAGUCCACUCAGUUUGUAAUUGCACAUUUAAAAUGCCUUUCAAUGUACUUGACAAACUUUGGUUUUACUUUAUUUUAGAAGAUUUUUCCCCUUGUGGAUUUCUGGCACUUAACUAAAGCAUCACUUAAGUUGACCUGGUGAAAGGUUUUUCUUUAGACAGGUGCUUGAAACUGAUUAAAUGGGAAUAUUUAUUUAUUUAUAAACUUUGGUUUUUGUAGAUGGCAUCUAAUAGAAUGACCAGUCAACAGUUCCAAGUCAUUCCUGUGCUAUGAGAAGAACCAAUUAUAUUACAGAUUGUGAAGUAUUACAACACCUUUGGAUGUAGAGGUGGUACAAUAGAAAA